CUCGCCCUUCACUCGCGCUCGUGACGGUGGCAUUCUUUGAUUCGCCCACAAAGCUUCCAGGAGCACAGAGCGCACCGCCGUCGCCGUCGCCGACGGGAGUGCUCUCGUCGGUGGGUCGAUCCGGCUCGAUCCGAUCGUAUCCGAAGACCUGUUCCUAGUUCAAGCAAUCGGCCCUCGUCCAUGGGAGACUCCGGAGGUUCCCCCAACUCGCCCCUCCAUGACUUCCUCUUCUCCGUCUCCUCCGUCGUAUCGUUGGGCGCGGAGAGGAUUCGAAGCUGGAUCCCUCCCUCCGGGUCGCUGCAUAUGGAUGCGGAUUUCGGGGAGAAUUCCCAGCUGCGUGGUUCGUUCUUCUACGAGCCGUCGAGGGAACCUAGGGAAAUCGAGAUGCAUUCCCCUCUCUACUACGCCGCCUGUACAUUGGGCGGCAUCGCCAGUUGUGGCCUUACUCAUAUGGCCGUCACCCCGCUCGACCUCGUCAAGUGCAAUAUGCAGUCAGAUUGAUCCAGCAAAGUUCAAGAACAUCUUGGGAGGGUUUAGUGUUUUGUUAAAAGAACAAGGUUUUAGAGGCUUUUUCAAGGGUUGGGUGCCAACUUUGCUUGGUUAUAGUGCCCAGGGUGGAUGCAAAUUUGGAUUUUAUGAGUUUUUCAAGAAGGUAUACUCAGAGCUUUCUGGACCAGAACAUGCUUCAAAGCAUAAGACUCUCAUUUACCUUGCGGGAUCUGCUUCCGCUGAAAUGAUUGCUGUUGUGGCUCUUUGCCCCAUGGAGGCAGUGAAGGUCAGGAUCCAAACCCAACCAGGGUUUGCUAAAGGUUUGAGAGAUGGCCUUCCCAAGUUUGUUGCAUCAGAAGGUAUUCCAGGACUUUACAAAGGACUAGUUCCACUAUGGGGACGUCAGAUUCCUUAUACAAUGAUGAAAUUUGCUUCUUUUGAGACGAUUGUUGAAAUGAUAUACAAGCAUGUCAUUCCCAAACCAAAGGAAGAAUGUAGCAAACCACUACAGCUGGCCGUGAGCUUUGCUGGUGGCUAUAUGGCCGGAGUAUUGUGUGCUGUGGUUUCUCACCCUGCGGACAACCUCGUCUCCUUUCUGAACAAUACAAAAGAAGCUACUAUCACUGAUGCUGUAAGACGGCUUGGUUUGCACGGCCUUUUUACGCGUGGUCUUCUCCUUCGCAUUGUGAUGAUUGGCACUCUGACGGGAGCACAAUGGGGAAUCUACGACACCUUCAAAGUUCUCAUUGGCCUGCCAACGACUGGCGGUGUUGCCCCCCGUCCAACCGUUUCAAGUGAAAAACAUGCAAAACAAAGCUGAUAGUCUCCACCAUGUUUUCCAGUUCUCAGAGGCACGUUCUUCAUAUUUUCUACCAUCUUUUCUUAGACGCAUUUUAGACAUUACAAAAUGAGGCAGUUCAAUACCAAAACAAUAUCUGUCAAAUGCUGUUCCAAUUCUAAAGUUUUGUUUGUUUGUUUGUUUCUUCGCUUGCUAUUCUUUUAGUGCCAGCAGAAUCCAAAUUGCUGUAACAGUCUUUUCAUAAAUAACAAUUUUUCUUUUGCUUUUGACCA